CUCACCGUCAGGUGGAUCCCAGGACAUAAAGGGGUCACAGGAAAUGAGUUGGCGGACAUAGCGGCGAAGGAAGCAGCAGGAGGAGAGAGUAGCACGAGAAACAGACUCCCAUUAUAUCUCCAAGACAAACCGCUACCGGAUAGCGUGUCGGCGCUGAAACAAUGGCAUCAAGACGCCCUGAACAAACGAUGGAGUAAAGAAUGGGAAAACUCACCUCGCUACGCAAGAGCAAAGAUCAUCGACCCCAGCAUGCCGUCAAAUCGCUAU